AUGGAGCACACCACGUCAGAGUAUGAGUUCAAAAGUCCAAAGUUGGACAAAGGUCAGCUUUAUGUCAAAAUUUACCAUGCCGUUACUAGGAAGCUCCUCGCCUGCAGCUUCCCUCCCAACAACGAGCGAAAAUUGCACAUCACCACCACUGAACUAAAUCUUAUCUCUGGUGGUGCCAACGAUUAUGGCCCAUGCUUUACGAGGCCAUUUCCCCAUGAUCAAAUGAGAGAAGAUGUGAACCGUGAACAGCCUUGGAAUAAAUUCAACAUACACGGAGCGAAUAUCGACGAUAGCCCGAAAUUACGUAGGUACCGGCGAUGGGUUAAUGCGUCUCAGGUGCUCAUCGGUUUGGACCAUUCUAUGCGCUAUAUUUUCGACGAUGAUAUGCCGGAAAAGAUAUUUGAUGAUGGCAACCAUCUCGGCUCCGUGUAUGCGUCCCAAAAUCAAUGGGCAAUCCUCGGCUGGACAAAUGCAAAGGAUCUAUCUCAGCCCCAUAUCACCGCCUUCGUGGUUGAUGCGCAGCCCCACCAUCUUGGUCGCCUCCGCUCGGGUGAGGUAUCUCUUGCCUAUGGCUUGAUCGCCAAGCGCCGAAUUGAAGAUGGAUACAAUGACCACCGAUACAUUCCUAUCACCUUCGUUUCUGCGUCGGAUUUCCAAGUCCGCAUCCUUCAGAUAUGGCACGACAAACAGAACCCAGAGGCUCUCCAAGUUCGCUCCUCACGGAUCAUGGAUUUUACGGAUGGUAUCCAAAGUAACUUGGAUGACUGGGUCACCAUUCUGUGCUGGAUGGCAGGAGAGCCUAUCGGGGAUACAAAACAUGGGACUGAAGUCGUUCGAGUCAGUCAAUCUGGUGCAUAG